GUCCGUCCAGGCAAAGUUCAAUGCCCAGAGCCUGGUAACACUAACAAUGGCACUAAUACAGCCUUGACUCCAGCCCGGCGUCUGAGAAAGUCCAUGAAGGAGAACGAUGGUGGGAUGUGGUGUGUUGCAGAGGAGAAGCCAGGCCUCAAGAGACCAAAGAGCAUCCUGAAGACUCGGGCGACCAGUGGAGACCAGCGGUCCCAGAGUCUAUGCGAAGUAGAGCUCAGACGGUCCAUUUGCUAUCAAGACGUCGAGUCCGGCUCGAGUCCAGAGCGAGAAGACACCCUGGGUGGCUCGCCAGCCAAAAUGGUGUCCAUGUUACCCAAGAAAGGCAUUCUGAAAAACAAUCAGCAGCGCGAGUCUGGGUAUUACUCCUCGCCAGAGCGCAGCGAAUCCUCCGAACUGUUAGGGGGCGCUACUGUGCAGCCUCCGAAUAGCUCCCCACCCAAACGGACUGUAGGGAGGAAAGGUAUACUGAAGCGUAACGGGAAAUAUUCCACACACAGUGCCGUGGGAGUCCAUGUAGAGGCCCAGGCUGACUCAAAUGGUUCGCGGAGCCAGAGCAGACCCUCCAGCAUCUUGUACGAGGAGACGGGUCUUUCCAGCAUGGGGUUGGACUGGCCGCCCGUCUCUCCGAAACCCAACAUCCGGGGCUCGCUGUCGGCCGAAGACUUGCUGCAGAUGGCUGGGUUCAGGGGCCUUCAG